UUUAUGGCAAUGUUUACCCCAAAGGAUUUUAUUUUGUCCAAGUGGAUGUUGGGCACCCAUCAAAGCCUUAUUUUCUUGAUCCGGAUACAGGGAGUGACCUUACCUGGCUUCAAUGCGAUGCUCCAUGUGUCCAUUGUACAAGGGCACAUCACCCUUUCUACAAGCCCAACAAUGACCUUGUGAUUUGCAAGGACCCUCUUUGUGCCUCUCUGCAUCCAGCUGAUUAUAAAUGUGACACUCUAGAGCAAUGCGAUUAUGAGGUCGAGUAUGCUGAUGGAGGUUCAUCUCUCGGUGUCUUGCUCAAUGAUGUCUUUUCUUUUAAUCUUACCAGUGGGGUUGCGGUUAAACCUCAUCUGGCUCUCGGGUGCGGAUAUGAUCAGAUACAUGGUCCAUCUCGCCAUCCUUCAGAUGGGGUACUUGGCCUUGGAAAAGGAAAAACCGGCAUUCUCUCACAGCUGAAGAACCUUGGUCUGGUGAGAAACGUGGUUGGCCACUGCCUGAGUUCACGAGGUGGAGGGUAUCUCUUCCUUGGGGAUGAUGUUUAUGAUGCCUCUCGCGUCACUUGGACACCAAUGUCACAUGAUAUCACGAAUCACUAUGCUCCAGGGCCUGCAGAACUACUUUUUGGCAGUAAAAGUACCGGAGUAAAGAAUCUUCAUGUGGUGUUUGAUAGCGGGAGCUCUUUUAGCUAUUUGAAUACGCAACCGUACGAAGCUUUACUAUAUUUACUGGAGAAAGAACUGAGAGGUAAGCCCCUAAAAGAAGCAGAUGAUGACCCAACACUACCCUUAUGCUGGACGGGAAGGAAGCCUUUCAUGAGCAUCAGCGAAGUGAAGAAAUACUUCAAGUCCUUCUCACUCAGCUUUGCUGGUGGAUGGAAAUCCAAAACUCUGUUUGAGAUCCCCCCUGACUCAUAUCUUAUCAUCUCAUCAAAGGGCAAUGUUUGCAUGGGAGUUCUGAACGGCACCGAAGCAGGACUGCAAAAUUUCAACAUUAUCGGAGAUGUGUCUAUGCAAGAUAGACUAGUGAUUUUUGACAAUGAGAAGAGUGCAAUAGGAUGGACUCGUGCAAAUUGCGAUCGCCCCCCAGUGUCCAACAUUGUUUUCAUCUAAAUCUGGAGGAUUUUUAAUCUUCUCACUUGUAAUAAUAGCCUAUUUGAAAAUGGUCAAAUAAGCUCUCGAGCUAUUUGAUUUAAUGCCAUUGAGACCACCAAAUUUCAAACCUUCAAUGAAAAAAUGAACCAAAAAAUUAUGUAAUCGAUUUUUACCAAAAUACAUAGAUACGUACUUAUAUGUGUAUGAGUGUGUCUAUACGUACAUACAUGAUAUACCACAUAUAUAGGCCCAAGAGUCUGAAGUAUAAUGUUAUAAAAGAAUUUGUUAGGUAAGUGUAUGAAAUUCUUCAGAUAAUUUGAUUGUUAUGGAUUCUCUCAAUGAAAAGAGUAUGAUUUGCAAAGAUUGUUUUCAUUAAUGUCACAUAUAUUGCUUAGAGGGAAUUGAACAUUUAUCUCUCAGAUUUUAUUUUGUCCAAGUGGAUGUUGGGAACCCAUCAAAGCCUUAUUUUCUUGAUCCGGAUACGGGAAGUGACCUUACCUGGCUUCAAUCUGAUGUUUCCUGUGUCCAUUGUACAAGGGCACAUCACCCUUUCUACAAGCCCAACAAUGACCUUAUGAUUUGCAAGGACCCCCUUUGUGCCUCUCUGCAUCUAGCUGAUUAUAAAUGUGACACUCUAGAGCAAUGCGAUUAUGAGGUUGAGUAUGUUGACGGAGGUUCAUUUCUCGGUGUCUUGCUCAAUGAUGUCUUUUCUCUUAAUCUUACCAGUGGGGUUGUGGUUAAACUUCAUCUGGCUCUCGGGUCAGUAUCUUCCUUGAUCUCAUGAAGCCCGCGAGUUUUAGAUUUAGACAUAUUUAGGUGUUUUCAUGCUUCCUAUUUGAGCCAGGUGCGGAUAUGAUCAGAUACACAGUCCAUCUCGCCAUCCUUCAGAUGGGGUACUUGGCUUUGGAAAAGGAAGAACCGACAUUCUCUCACAGCUAAAGAACCUUGGUCUGGUGAGAAACGUGGUUGGCCACUGCUUGAGUUCACGAGGUGUAGGGUAUCUCUUACUUGGGGAUGAUGUUUAUGAUGCCUCUCGCGUCACUUGGACACCAAUGUCACAUGAUAUCACGUAAUGUGGACUUCUCAUAGGCAUAGUUGAAAACACCCCCACCCCAUCCUAAGUAAAGCAAUGAAAAGCAAAAUGGUGAGUUUUGAGUCUAAAUAUGUGAAGAUGUGUCUAUGCAAGAUAGACUAGUGAUUUUUGGUAAUGAGAAGAGUGCAAUAGGAUGGACUCGUGCAAAUUGCGAUCGCCCCCCAGUGUCCAACAUUGUUUUCAUCUAAAUCUGGAGGAGUUUUAAUCUUCUCAUUCGUAAUAAUAGCCUAUUGGAAAAUGGUCAAAUAAGCUCUCGAGCUAUUUGAUUUAAUGCCAUUGAGACCACCAAAUUACAAACCUUCACUGAAAAAAUGAACCAAAAAAUUAUGUAAUCGAUUUUUACCAAAAUACAUAGAUACAUACUUAUAUGUGUAUGUGUGUCUAUACGUACAUACAUGAUAUACCACAUAUAUAGGCCCAAGAGUCUGAAGUAUAAUCUUAUAAAAGAAUUUGUUAGGUAAAAGUAUGAAUUUCGUCAGAUAAUGUGAUUGUUGUGGAUUCUCUCAAUGAAAAGAGUUUGAUUUGCAAAGAUUGUUUUCAUUAAUGUCACAUAUAUUGCUUAGAGGGAAUUUAAUAUUUAUCUCUCAGGUUUUAUUUUGUCCAAGUGGAUGUUGGGCACCCAUCAAUCUUUUACGUAGUAUUUGCUAAGGGGGAUAAUAACCCUUGAGAGUAUCAUUAAGGCACAUGAGAUUAUCAAGAAAGGUUACUAUUGGAGGGAUGGAAAUGGUUCGGCGAUUAACAUUUGGACCGAGCCCUGACAAAAAAUCAUCAUAAACUUCUUGUAUCAGCUCCUUUUUUGGGUUUGGAGUAAGCAUGGGUCCAGAAUCUUUUGAAUGAGGAUGGAAAGGGAUGGGAUACUGAUCUUCUACAAGAUGUCCUAAAGCAGCGUGAUGUCGACGAUUUGAUAAAAGGGAUCCAUCCCAAUUAGCGUUAGAUCUGUGCCCGACAAACUAAGUUGGCAGUGGGAGAGUUCGGGAAAGUUCUUUGUUCGUAGUUGUUAUAGAGCCCUGGUUGGUGAAUCUGUGGCUGGACUCAUGUGUGGGGGUGGAACAAAGUUACCACCCAAGGUUGCAAAGGAGGCUGCAUGGGAGGCGAUUAGGUGGUAUUGGACAGGUUCUCCGGCGCGGUCAUUCAUGGAAUAAGUCCAGGCUGAAUUUGGAGCUAGCUAAGGAGGAGGAUGAGUUGUGUAGGCUUAUUUGGGGUUGCUGGGGACUUUGGUGUGAAGUGUGAACGAAAUAACAGAAAUUGGAAUGGUGUACGUGCAGACUGAUGAUCCGAAACAAGUGCUGCGCCGUAUGUUGAUGGCUGGUGUAUGGCGCAGCAACGAGAUGGGAGCGGAAAUGGAAAUCAAGGAAUGGCAAUCGUUUGAGCUUGGAGAAGACCUUCUUCGGGCAGGAUAAAAACGAAAUGUGGAUGUGGCCGUGAGGGAUAGACUUUGUGGACUGGGAUGGCUUAUACUGGGAACUUCUUAGCAGGUGUUUCAAAUGGGGGAUUUUGUCUCCGCUAGAAGCCGAACUGAUCAGGUGUGAAAAUAUAGGAUUGGAUGAUGUGGAGUCGGAUUCUAUUGGGGCUAUUUCGGAGAUAUUGCAGAAGAGGAGUAUUUCUUAUUGGUGGUGAUAUUAGAGAGAUUAAUUCGAGUUUUCUAUAUCUCUUUUUCUCAUAUUAGUUUGCUAAGGCGGCUUGUUCUACAUUUGAUUGUUUGAGCUGCGAUGUUUAUCCUCCUUUUAUUCUUCAUAUAAUAAGCGCCUCUGCUAACGGAGUGAAGCCCUAGCCGCCGCGCGUAAGAUGCUUGGACGGAUGCUUGCCGAUCACGAUCGCUGAUGCUCGCCGGUCUCUGCUCGUUUUAUUCCCUUUGCCUGAAUUCUUAAUUAAGGGGGAAAAGUAACUCUGCACUAUUUUGUGUAGUGUGAUUUGUUCAUCUUAAGCAGUCAAGUUCAGCGUUUGGAGAAAAUCAGCUUAGUAAGACAAAAAAAAAGAACUUAAUGUCCCCCAAUCUUCAAAUAUUUCUUUCCUGAACCCUCAAAUAAUCUCAUUCAAGAUUUAAAACGUUUGGUGGGGAGAUGGGGGGAAGAACAAUGGUGAUGAUGGCCAUCCUUGUGAUGGCCUGUGCUUCUUUCGGUUCCGGGUCCACCAAUCAGCACCAGAAAUGGACAUGGAUGUCAUCAGGUUCUGAUGGAUCAUCCUCGCCCUCAUCCUCGUCCUCAUCACCAUCCGUUUACACUCAAGCGGGACCGUCUUCAAUUGUUCUGCCGCUUUAUGGCAAUGUUUACCCCAAAGGAUUUUAUUUUGUCCAAGUGGAUGUUGGGCACCCAUCAAAGCCUUAUUUUCUUGAUCCGGAUACAGGGAGUGACCUUACCUGGCUUCAAUGCGAUGCUCCAUGUGUCCAUUGUACAAGGGCACAUCACCCUUUCUACAAGCCCAACAAUGACCUUGUGAUUUGCAAGGACCCUCUUUGUGCCUCUCUGCAUCCAGCUGAUUAUAAAUGUGACACUCUAGAGCAAUGCGAUUAUGAGGUCGAGUAUGCUGAUGGAGGUUCAUCUCUCGGUGUCUUGCUCAAUGAUGUCUUUUCUUUUAAUCUUACCAGUGGGGUUGCGGUUAAACCUCAUCUGGCUCUCGGGUGCGGAUAUGAUCAGAUACAUGGUCCAUCUCGCCAUCCUUCAGAUGGGGUACUUGGCCUUGGAAAAGGAAAAACCGGCAUUCUCUCACAGCUGAAGAACCUUGGUCUGGUGAGAAACGUGGUUGGCCACUGCCUGAGUUCACGAGGUGGAGGGUAUCUCUUCCUUGGGGAUGAUGUUUAUGAUGCCUCUCGCGUCACUUGGACACCAAUGUCACAUGAUAUCACGAAUCACUAUGCUCCAGGGCCUGCAGAACUACUUUUUGGCAGUAAAAGUACCGGAGUAAAGAAUCUUCAUGUGGUGUUUGAUAGCGGGAGCUCUUUUAGCUAUUUGAAUACGCAACCGUACGAAGCUUUACUAUAUUUACUGGAGAAAGAACUGAGAGGUAAGCCCCUAAAAGAAGCAGAUGAUGACCCAACACUACCCUUAUGCUGGACGGGAAGGAAGCCUUUCAUGAGCAUCAGCGAAGUGAAGAAAUACUUCAAGUCCUUCUCACUCAGCUUUGCUGGUGGAUGGAAAUCCAAAACUCUGUUUGAGAUCCCCCCUGACUCAUAUCUUAUCAUCUCAUCAAAGGGCAAUGUUUGCAUGGGAGUUCUGAACGGCACCGAAGCAGGACUGCAAAAUUUCAACAUUAUCGGAGAUGUGUCUAUGCAAGAUAGACUAGUGAUUUUUGACAAUGAGAAGAGUGCAAUAGGAUGGACUCGUGCAAAUUGCGAUCGCCCCCCAGUGUCCAACAUUGUUUUCAUCUAAAUCUGGAGGAUUUUUAAUCUUCUCACUUGUAAUAAUAGCCUAUUUGAAAAUGGUCAAAUAAGCUCUCGAGCUAUUUGAUUUAAUGCCAUUGAGACCACCAAAUUUCAAACCUUCAAUGAAAAAAUGAACCAAAAAAUUAUGUAAUCGAUUUUUACCAAAAUACAUAGAUACGUACUUAUAUGUGUAUGAGUGUGUCUAUACGUACAUACAUGAUAUACCACAUAUAUAGGCC